AUGUUGAGGCUGUUUGUCCUGCUUCUGCUCUCAGCUAUUGCUGAGGGCUUACAACCAAUAAACUUGAAUAUUGUGCAGUUACGUGGGAUGAUCAAGUGCAUUAUUCCAAAAAGCAGACCAUUACAUCAAUUCAUUGACUAUGGAUGCUACUGUGGGUUAGGUGGGUCUGGGACACCAGUGGAUGAUCUAGACAGGUGCUGUCAGGCCCAUGACAGAUGCUAUGGUGCAGCUGAAAAGAUUAAGGCCUGCACGCCUAUCUUAGACAAUCCUUAUACUAAGAUCUACAGUUACACCUGUUCCAAGAACACUGUCACAUGCAGCAGUACAAAUAACGCCUGCGAAAUGUUCAUCUGUGAAUGUGAUCGCCAUUUGGCCAUCUGCAUGUCCAAAGUAGAAUUCAAUCCUCAUAAUGUGAACAUAGACCAGUCCCGCUGUAAAUAA